CGCACGUUUAUCAGUUUUUAGUCUUUUCCCAAGCAAACAAGUGCAGUGUUGUUGUUAAAUUCGGUUGGUUAUUUAGUGCAGUUGAUUAUUCUGCCACUGCUUUUGUUUGUGGCUUUGAUUUUUAUAGAAUAGUAGGAGCGCGUAGUUUAGUUAAAAACGCACUGACCUCAAGUUGAAUUAAACACGGCGCUGUUCUAAAAGCGGUCUAACCAUUUUAGGUAGGAAAUUGUGUUGUGUAGAUUAAUUUUCGGUGCAAGAUUUCUAUUAAACUAAAAAUCCAACAUUGAGCAACAGCUGCCCAGCACAAGAAAAAAACAUUCUGAAGAUAAUAGUAAAUAUUAUAGAUAGUUUUAUUGAAUGCCCAACUUAGCGUUUAGGGUCACUCAACUAUAACUUGCCCAGCAAGGGAAAAAAACUACGCAAAUUUUUCUGUAUUAAUAAAAAAAUAAAAACAAAUUGGGGAAAACUCAAGGAAACGCAAUACAACGAAGCACUGCGCAAAAAGAAGACUGAUUAAAAGGAAAAACCUACUGGUGUAGCAGUAAAAUAUAAAACAGCGUGAUGACGGACGAGUGUAUUGCAAUAAAAUACGAAUACAUAAGAAAGGACCAAACAAGCAUGUUAAUGCCCACACUUGAUAAGUUAGAUGCACAACCAACGGGCCGAGAGAAAUCUACUGGCAGUGCAGGCAAUUCGUUUGGAGUUAAUGCGACAGCUUCAAGUAAAGGCAGCAGUGGUGGUGGUGAGGAUAUCAGUGCAGGGCACAAAUAUACUGCGUAUAUGCCCACCGAACGUCAUGCUAGCCAAUACAAUAUGAAUCACAAAAAUCGUGGACUUGCUCUAAUUUUUAAUCAUGAAAAUUUCGAUAUACCCUCUUUAAAAUCUCGACAAGGUACCAAUGUAGACUGUGAAAAUUUGGGUGCUGCGCUCAAAAAAUUACACUUUCAAGUGAACACUUAUAAAGACUGUAAAUUGAGAGAAAUACUCAAGCAUGUGGAUCACGCCGCCUCUCAAGAUCAUACAGAUAAUGACUGUAUAGUUGUUGCUAUAUUGUCACACGGCGAACAUGGUUAUCUUUACGCUAAGGACGUUCAAUACAAAUUAGAUACAAUUUGGCAUUAUUUUUCGGCUCAUACUUGCCCUACGCUUGCCGGUAAACCGAAAUUAUUCUUCAUUCAAGCUUGUCAGGGUGAUCAUUUCGAUCCUGGCGUACUAAUGCGUAGAACAGAAACCGAUGGUGAAACAUCAAUGAGCUACAAAAUUCCCGUACAUGCCGAUUUUCUCAUUGCCUACUCAACUAUACCGGGCUUCUAUUCAUGGCGUAACACCACAAAUGGUUCUUGGUUUAUGCAGUCACUUGUAGAAGAACUAAAUGCCAACGGCAAAAAACAUGACAUAUUGACAUUACUAACAUUCGUGAAUCAACGUGUUGCUAUUGAUUUUGAAUCGUGUGUACCAGAUUGUCCGAUAAUGCAUCAGCAGAAACAAAUUCCAUGUGUUACAUCGAUGCUGACUCGUAUAUUGCGCUUCACUGACAAACCAUCGAACGGUGUAUAAGUCUCCGCAACAAAACCAUUUGUAUGCGGGGAUACAAAAGAAUUUAAAGAGUAUUUUUACGUCUAAGUUUACGUAUGCUACAAAACGUCUGAUUUGAAAGGAGAGUUAAAUACAUAAUCAUUAAGCUAAUCAUUAACUUGUGCAACUGCUGCAGUGCACACUUUUUUCAGUGUGUAUUUAGAGCAGAGACUGAACUGCUUCCCAUAUUCAUUGCUUUAAUUUUGCCAUUUAAUUAAAAUUUAUUGUAUUUUUGAAUAACGUACAUAUAUAUAUAUAUACAUGAAGGUAACUAUUUUUAAUAUAAAUAUUGAAUUGACUGGAA